AUGGCACAGACCAAUGGCGAAUUGGAGCACUCGAAAGAGUCUCCAGAGCACAUUGUCAACGGAAAUCAGGAGGAAGCUCAGGAAGAAGAUAGCACAGGUGGCCUCUUUCAGAUAACCGUGAAGCUUCCUCGUGAGCCGUACAGCAUCUCGGUGACGGUGUCGAGCCAAGAGCAAGUCCAGGAUGUCCGCCAAUCCAUCGUCGAGUUGCCCGAUACCUUCCAGUACACCUGCUUUCAUCUCGAAUUCAACGGCAGCCGCAUCAACGACUUUGUCGAACUAUCCGAGGUCUCCGGUCUUCAAGCCGAUUCGGAAAUUGUCCUGGUGGAGGACCCAUAUACCGAAAAGGACGCUCGCUUGCAUGUCGUUCGCAUGAGGGAACUACUUGGUGCUGCUGGUGACAGAGUCGACACUCUGCACGGUGUCAGUGCUGGCUUGUCGCUCCACGACUCCAUCGCCGCCGAAAUCGUUGGAGAGGACUCGGAAAAGGAACAUUCGUUGACCAAGUAUGAGAUUUCCGGCUCGUCGUCUCUAAAGACCAUCCUCCCAAGGGCUGAGGCUCCUGCUCCGAAAACCAUCAAAUCCGUUUCACUAUCACCCUGGAACCCACCCCCCUACCAUCUCCGGCAGAAGGGUCACCUGCUUUAUCUACAGGUAACAACCAAUGAGGGAGAGCAAUUCCAGAUCACAUCCCAUGUCUCUGGAUUCUUUGUCAACAAGUGCUCCAACAGCAAAUUCGAUCCUUUCCCCAAAACCGUUCCGAAGAAUGGCAAAGCGCAUUCGCUCCUCAAUUUGAUCUCACAACUUUCUCCUUCCUUUAACUCUUCUUUCCAGGCAUUGCAAGAGUCUAACAACCAGAAAGAUCUCCUGACUACCUUCCCCUUCCAGAACUCUAUCCCGUGCAGUCCGUGGCUCGUCCCUCCUCCGUCCUCAAACGUCAACGCCCAUCAGCCGGACAUUACCCGUUCUCAGGAGAACUACCUAAUUUCCGGUGUGGAUAACGCCGAGACUCUCCGUGACUGGAAUGAGGAGUUCCAGACGACCAAAGAAUUGCCACGCGAGACUGUCCAAGACCGUGUUUUCCGAGAGCGACUUACGUGCAAGCUUUUUGCUGAUUACAAUGAAGCCGCUGCCCGCGGUGCUGUCUUGGUUGCUAGGGGUGAGGUUGCCCCUCUCAACCCUACCGAGGCCCAGGACGCGCAAAUCUUCGUGUACAACAACAUCUUUUACUCCUUUGGUGCUGAUGGUGUUGGAACCUUUGCCUCCGAGGGUGGAGAUGAGGCUGCGCGCGUAGCCGUUGGUAAGGAUGUUCUAGGUAUCAAGGCCGUCAACCAGCUCGACAUCAAUGGCUUGUUCACGCCGGGAACCAUCGUGGUUGACUACAUGGGCAAGCGCAUUGUUGGGCAGAGCAUUGUACCGGGUAUCUUCAAGCAGCGAGAGCCGGGUGAGCACCAGAUCGACUAUGGUGGUGUUGAGGGUAAAGAUGUUGUCGCAACCCACCCCGAUUUCGUCUCUGUAUUCGAGAAGCUUUCCAAAGCUUUGAGAAUCAAGAAGCACGCAGUCUGGGACAAGGAAAAUCAGCGUCAUGAGCUCGAGGGUAGUGUUGAGACUAAAGGCCUUCUCGGUACCGACGGCCGCAAAUACGUUCUUGACCUCUAUCGUGUUACUCCGCUUGAUGUGGAGUGGCAGGAGGAAAGUGGCGACUCGUACCCACACCGAAUGUCUGUUCUUAGGCUGGAGCUGGUUGAAUCCUACUGGAGACAUAAGAUGAGCCAGUAUGUCAAGGCGGAGGUGGAACGCCGCCGCAGCGCCAAGGCCGCUGAGCCCAAAGAACAGGAAUCUGAAGAGAACCAAGAGAUAAGCGAAGAGAAGAGCGAAGAGAAGAGCGAAGAAGCUCUUGAUCAGGAGCGUGUUGACAUCUCUGGCUUCUCUCUUGCGCUCAACCCCGACGUCUUCAGUGGCCAGCUUCCUCAGACGGAUGAAGAAAAGGAACAGUGGGCCAAUGAUGAAAAGGAAGUUCGCGAGGCGUGCGACUUUUUGCGUUCCAAGGUCAUGCCAGAGCUCGUCCAAGACUUGCAUGAUGGCGACGUUGGUUUCCCCAUGGAUGGACAGUCUCUUAGCCAACUCCUGCACAAGCGAGGCAUCAACAUCCGCUAUCUAGGGAAAUUAGCUCAGCUGGCCAAGGAGAAGGGCUCCCGCCUUGACGCCCUCUCAACUCUUUUGGUACAAGAAAUGGUUGCGCGUGCCUUCAAGCACAUUGCCAACAAGUAUCUGCGAAAUGUUCCUGCUCCCUUCGCCGCGUCCUGUGUGGCCCACCUUCUCAACUGUCUCCUCGGCGCCGAUGUCAACUCUGCGCCUCGUGCCGAGCUGGACUCGUCUCUUCGCGAGGUUUACCCUGAAGGAGACUUCUCCUUCGAGAAGGUCUCUCCUGCAGCUCUGCGUGCCGAGAUUGAGAAGCAGGUCACUCUGAGGUAUCGCUUCACCCUGGAGUCCGAAUGGUUUGGCUCUCUACGAAACCUGCAACUCCUCCGUGAUAUCGCCAUUAAGCUUGGCCUUCAGCUUGGUGCUCGUGAAUUUGCUUUCACCAAGGCUGAGGCUGAAGCGCUCAAGAAGGCGGUUCCCGUCAUCAACAACGUCAACGGUGCCGGUCAAGAUGAGGGUAGAAAGAAGAAAAAGAAGACCGGCGACUCUGGUUCCCCUGCACGUACUGCUGCUGCUUCUGCGGCCUCCGCACAGCAGACAGCCACGGUCACUUUUGUCCCCGACGAUAUCAUCAACAUUGUCCCCUUAGUCAAAGACGCCUCUCCACGGAGCUCGCUUGCCGAGGAGGCGCUGGAAGCAGGGCGCAUCUCUCUCAUGCAAAACCAGAAGCAGCUGGGCCAGGAGCUCAUCCUGGAGUCCCUGUCUCUUCAUGAACAGAUCUACGGCAUCCUUCAUCCCGAGGUUGCCAAGCUGUACCACCAGCUGUCCAUGCUCUACUAUCAGACCGACGAAAAGGAAGCGGCUGUUGAGCUGGCUCGCAAGGCGGUCAUUGUCACAGAGCGCACCCUUGGUGUUGAUUCCGCUGACACCAUCUUGAGCUAUCUCAAUCUCAGUCUCUUCGAGCACGCUUCUGGCAACACUAAGACUGCACUAGUCUACAUCAAACACGCCAUGGAUCUGUGGAAGAUUAUCUAUGGUGCCAACCACCCUGACUCCAUCACCACUAUGAACAACGCCGCGGUCAUGCUUCAGCAUCUGAAGCAGUAUUCUGACUCUAGAAAGUGGUUCGAAGCUUCUCUGACUGUCUGCGAGUCGCUCUUUGGCAAGCAAUCCAUCAACACAGCAACCAUCCUCUUCCAGCUAGCGCAGGCGUUGGCACUUGACCAAGACUCCAAGGGUGCUGUUGGUAAGAUGCGCGAUGCGUACAAUAUCUUCCUCAACCAGCUUGGCCCCGACGACAGGAAUACCAAGGAGGCAGAGACCUGGCUCGAGCAGCUUACUCAAAAUGCCGUCUCCAUUGCUAAACACGCCAAGGACAUCCAGGCCCGCCGCCUGCGCCGUAUCAACAUGAACACCCGAUCGCUGGGAACCAAGGUUCAGCCUCAAGUUGGCCAGUCGGUAGCCGAUGUUGCUGUUCCCAAGGAAGGGGGCAAUGCUUCCAUGGACUCUAGAAGCAUUGAUGAACUGUUGAAAUUCAUUGAAGGUGGUGACACCAGCUCUUCUUCGCGGACCAAGCAGAAGAAGCGUGCUGCUGCCAGCAACCCUAAGCUUCGUGGCUCGAAAAAGUCAUCAGCCUAG